AGCUGAGGCUUCAAAGACCUCAGGGGACUUCUCUCGGUACUCACAGAAACCUCCUACACCCUCAGAUGGCACAAAGGGACCGUUUUCUCACUCUUAGUCUGAGUGACUGCCAAGAAGGAAGGCAAAGGUAGAGCAACUGGAUCUCUGGCUCUCCACAUAGCUUCUGAUCUCAGACCUUAUUAAAACCCUUUCUGGGCCCAAAGACAAAGCUCACAUGAACAAGUGAUUUUGAGUCAUGAAUGAAAAAUCUUUGCAUAGUAAAGAAGAAUUCAGAGAUGGACAGGGUGAAAGAAUGUCUUCUGGAUAUUCUCUAUCAUAUGACAACGACAAGAGUGUUCUGGCUUUCAGAGGAAUCCCUAUCUCAGAGUUGAAGAACCAUGGCAUUCUCCAGGCUCUGACCACAGAAGCUAAUGAAUGGGAGCCACGUGUUGUGAGUACAGAGGUGGUCAGAGCCCAAGAAGAAUGGGAAGCUGUGGACACCAUCCAGCCAGAGACAGGGAGCCAGGCUAACUCAGAGCAGCCUGGGCAGCUAAUCUCCUUCGGUGAGGCCCUGCAGCACUUCCAGACUGUGGACCUUUCCUCCUUCAAGAAAAGAAUCCAGCCAACUAUUUGAAGGACUGGGCUCGCUGCCUUUCGACACUACCUCUUUGGGCCUCCAAAGCUCCACCAGGGCCUUCGGGAAGAAAGGGACUUGGUCCUGACCAUUGCUGAAUGUGGCCUGGAUAGCCAAGACCCAGUGCAUGGCCGAGUCCUCCAGACCAUCUAUAAGAAGCUGACCGGCUCCAAGUUUGACUGUGCCCUUCAUGGAGACCACUGGGAGGACCUGGGCUUUCAGGGAGCGAAUCCAGCCACGGACCUGAGAGGCGCAGGCUUCCUUGCCCUCCUGCAUCUACUGUACCUGGUGAUGGACUCAAAGACCUUGCUGAUGGCACAGGAGAUUUUCCACCUGUCUCGUCACCACAUCCAGGUGAGACUUUGGUGGGAAGCCAGAGGAAAGGAAAGGGCUGUGGAGCUAGGACCUGAAGGAAAACAGGCCAAGCAGUGUCUGCACCAGGAGGCCUGGCCUUCUGGAAAUGUGUUAGACAGCAAAGGGUCUACACUUCCGCUUUGGCUCCUGAAUGUGACAUAG